AUGUGUAAUAAUUGCUUACUAUCCAUUACGGAGCUAAAAUUCAGGGGAAGUGAUUGCACAAGUAACCAGAUAAAGACGUCAGAUUCCAGUACGCCUACCUCUACAACUAGCGUCCUUGGUUGUCACACGAGCUGGGCUGAGCCAAUUGUUCCGGUGCCAGAGGUCAGCAGAAGAAGUAAUAGGCGCGGCCGAAACAAAAACGACCACAAUUUGGACAAUUCUCUGGCAUCUCUGUUCGGCUGCGUCGAAAUCACACAAAUGAUUUUCAGUGGCAAUCAGGCUGUGGCCAGCCUCGGCAGAGUCAGCUCAGACGACCCGCAGCCCUUGCAACAGUUGCACAGCUUUAUGUUGAAUCUCAACCUUUCCAACCUGAGCGUGCAAGAAGAGCUUCGAUUGGCCAUUAAAGUGGGUCGGCUUGAUGCUAGUCAUGCUCACAUGAAAGGUCCCUUUAAUGCAUUUGACACUAAGCACUUAGUAAAGUUCCUCGUUUGA